AUGCAUUUUAUAUUUGUCUCACAGUUUCUCUUAUAUCUCUUAAUUUUUUAUGUCGACUGUGAAGAUUUUUAUCAUUUGCUUGGAAUAUCACGGGAGGCUGACAAUAGAGCAAUCAGAAGAGCAUUCAAGAAGCUAGCUUUGGUCAAACAUCCAGAUAAGAAUCCUAAUGAUAACAAUGCGCAUAAAGAAUUCAUGAAGCUUUAUCGUGCUUAUGAAGUGUUAAUGGAUGAAGAACUGCGGAAAAAAUAUGAUCGAUACGGCGAGCAGGGUUUGACCGAUGAUUAUAAGGAAAACCAUCAAUACCAGUCAUGGCAAUUCUAUAAAGAUAACUUUGGUAUAUACGAUGAGGACAAGCAAAUAAUAACACUGUCACGGUCGGAUUUUGAAAUGAUAGUCUCCGAAACGGACGAAAUAUGGUUCAUCAAUUUUUAUUCCACAUUUUGUUCACAUUGUCACCAGUUAGCGCCUACAUGGCGAAAAUUUGCUCAAGAAAUGGAAGGUGUUCUUCGGAUAGGUGCUGUAAAUUGUGCUGAAGAUCCUAUGCUUUGUCAUUCACAAGGUGUUAUGGGUUAUCCAAGUUUGGUAAUUUAUCCACAUCGACAUUUUUUCCAUGGAAAUCGACAACUGGAUCAGAUAAUAGCAUUUGCCAUGGAAUACGUUACUGGUAUGGUACUGCAGUUGACGGAUUCUGAUAUUGACCUAUUCAAAAUGGAAAAGAAUGAGAAAGAUACACGUGGAUGGUUACUGGAUUUUUGUGAACGCCAGAAUAGUGAUUGCUUAUCUGAAUUAAACAGAAGAAAACUUGCAGCCAAUUUGCAUGGUCUUGUAAAUGUUGCGAAAGUUAAUUGCGACGAAUCAUUGAAACUUUGCACAUUAUUUGGUCGCAAAAGUGGUAUAGUGUAUUUCCGACGUGAUGACGGAAGGGAACCUGAUAAGGCACGGGAAAUUAAUAGUCUCGAUUUUAAGGAAAUAGCAGCCAUCGUUUUAACAUAUGUUCCCGAUAUACCAUAUAUCGAUAAAUUGCUGGAAAAAAUUUUUGAAGUUCAAAUCCGCGAUCAUUCAUUUUUGAUUAGAUUUGGUUCCGGUGAAAUAGAUAACAAUGCAGAACUAAAAAAACUAUCUGCGAAAUUAAGUGAUGAAAUUAAGAUAUAUUUCGCUGAUUGUUCCAAGGCCAAGAAUCUAUGUGAAAAUUUGAAAUUGACUAAACUUCCGAAAUGGGUUCUUUUCAAAAAACAGGGAAGCUAUGAAAUAUAUCACGGCAAGAUGGAAACAGUACAUGAUAUUGCCCUAUUUGCUGUAGAAAGCCAUUUUUCACCACUUGUUACUCUCACACCCGAAACCUAUGCAUCUGCUAUUGAUUCAGGCGAUGAAUGGCUUAUCGAUUAUUAUGCUCCAUGGUGUCCACCUUGUUUGCGCGUGCUGAAAGAGUUAAGAAGAUUGCAUAAUUAUGUGGAGAGUAUAAAAAUUGGAACUAUUGACUGCGUCCAACACAGUGACAUUUGCAGGAAAGCGAAUACUAACGCUUACCCAAAUAUAGUGUGGCACAGUGGUGGUAGGUCUUCUGCGCGUGCAGGCUAUUUAGAUGUUGCUACAAUAGCGGAGUUUAUUGAAGAUGCACGUAAUCCAUCAGUGAUCGAUUUAUCACCAUCAGAUUUUAAUCCACUGGUUUUGGACAGAAAACAAGGCACUGUUUGGCUAGUUGAUUUUUAUGCACCGUGGUGUGGUCCUUGUAAUCAGUUAGCACCUGAAUAUAAGAAGCUUGCUCGAAAUAUGCGCAUGAAAGAAUUCGUUCAUUUUGGAAUGGUAGACUGUGAUCAACAUCGACAGCUGUGCAUGAAUUUGGCUAUUCAGAGUUAUCCAACCAUUCGACUCUAUUCGUCUGGUUCUCAUACCGUAGAUUAUCCUUCAAAUUGGUGGCGUGAUCACCGGUCCAUGGAAGUAUGGCUGAGAAAUUAUUUACCAUCGAAAGUUAUCAGUAUUGGAAAUGAUUUUUUUGCCAAGGUGUUGGAUGAUGAUAAACCAUGGCUGGUCGACUUUUUUGUCACUUGGUGCUCACAUUGCAUUGAAUUUGCUCCUGUUUUUGAGCGCGUUGCAGAGAUUCUGGAGGAUCGUGUGAAACUUGGAAAAGUCGAUUGCGGACUUUGGCCAAAUAUUUGUCAAAGUGUUGGAGUGUCUGUCUAUCCUACUGUUCGAUUUUAUAGUGGCUCACGAAAUGGCUAUAUCCAAACAACCAGUGGAGUUCUUAUUGAGUCGCAAGACGGAGAUAGUAUCGUACGUCAGAUUGAAAAAGAGCUGACCAAAACAGACCGCCUUUAUAAGACUGAAUUGUAA